GUGGUUUUAUGAUUGAGCUUAAUAAACCGAACUUAAUCCAAAACCAAUAUUUCUCUCUCUCUAUUUCACUGCAAUGUGCAGAAGCAAACCCACAACUCCAUCUUUGCUAAUAAAUUGUCCCUUCUGAGAGCUCGAUUCCUGUAAAUUCCACCGGAAUGCGGGCCUUCUCUUCGUUGAUCUUGGCCAUGGCGUCCGUCGUUCUGCCGGCGACGGUGGUCUACUGUGGCUUCCCCGUCCGCCUUCUCUCUCUGGACAAGGCCUUCCCUUCGGCUCGCCCUGUCGAACUCGAGACGCUCAGAGCUCGGGACCGAGUCAGGCAUGCCAGAAUCUUGCAAGGUGUGGUGAGUGGCGUCGUCGACUUCUCAGUCGAAGGUUCUUCCGAUCCAUUGCUCGUCGGGCUUUACUUUACCAAAGUCAAAUUGGGCACUCCCCCAAGGGAAUUUACCGUGCAGAUCGACACUGGAAGUGAUAUAUUGUGGAUCAACUGCAAUUCCUGCAAUGGCUGCCCCGGAACAAGUGGACUUGGAAUUCAACUAAAUUUCUUUGAUGCGUCAAGCUCAUCAAGUUCUUCACUCAUCUCCUGCUCUGACCCAAUUUGCAAUUCUGCAUUCCAAACAACUGCAACUCAGUGUUCAUCUCAGAGUAAUCAAUGCAGUUACACUUUUCAGUAUGGUGAUGGAAGUGGAACAUCAGGUUAUUAUGUAUCUGAGUCCAUGUACUUUGACAUGAUUAUGGGACGUUCUAUGAUUGCUAACUCUUCAGCUAACGUYGUUUUCGGUUGUAGUACCUAUCAGUCAGGAGACUUGACUAAAACAGACCAUGCAAUAGAUGGCAUUUUUGGAUUUGGCCCUGGGGAUUUGUCCGUCAURUCACAGUUGGCAGCUCGAGGGAUAACCCCUAAAGUAUUUUCCCAUUGUCUAAAAGGAGAAGGAAACGGUGGUGGUAUAUUGGUUCUUGGUGAGAUUUUGGAGCCGGGCAUUGUCUAUAGCCCACUUGUGCCCUCUCAGCCUCACUAUAACUUAUAUCUGCAAAGUAUUGAUGUCAAUGGUCAGACUUUGCCAAUUGAUCCAUCUGUGUUUGCAACAUCAAACAAUCGAGGAACUAUUGUAGACUCUGGGACAACAUUGGCUUACCUUGUCGAAGAAGCAUAUACUCCAUUUGUCAGUGCUAUAACUGCUUCUGUUUCCCAAUCUGUGACUCCUACAAUUUCAAAGGGAAACCAGUGUUAUCUAGUAUCCACCAGUGUAGGUGAGAUAUUUCCUCCAGUUAGCUUAAACUUUGCGGGCAGUGCAUCUAUGGUUUUAAAACCCGAAGAUUAUCUUAUGCAUCUUGGAUUUUAUGAUGGUGCUGCAUUGUGGUGUAUUGGUUUUCAGAAAGUUCAGGAAGGAGUAACAAUUUUAGGAGAUCUCAUUAUGAAAGAUAAGAUAUUUGUAUACGAUUUAGCUCGCCAGCGAAUCGGGUGGGCCAACUAUGAUUGUUCUCAAGCUGUAAAUGUAUCAGUCACUUCUGGGAAGAAUGCGUUCGUCAAUGCGGGACAACUGAGCGUGAGCCGCUCAACCCGAGAUAAGCUUCUUCAAUCACUAACUAUGGAAGGAUUAACUCUGUUAAUAACGAGUUCCAUUUUGUUCUUCCACUUCUAGUUUCUGUAUCUUUAGCUAUAGUUCUCAAAUCCCCAUUCUUUGCACCAAUUGUUUCCCCUCCAGUCUGUAUUUAUGAUGAUUAGUAGGGGGCUGUAUUGUCAGUUGUGUAAUUAUUUUUAGACCAUAUGAGUUGCAAUUGGGCCAGAAAUUGAGUCACAGGUUGAACAUUUUGGCCCACUGAUGAAAUGGGCCGUCUUCUUUGGGUUUGAAGUCAGGCCUCCAUCUUGUAAAGGGCCCAUAUUCUGAGCAAGGCCAGAGUUGUAAAUUAUGUUCUAGUGUGUUGUAGAGGAUCAACCUUUUUUUCCUUCAUCUUUUCUUUUUUUUUGAGGAUAAUUGUAAUUUGCUCUUGAUAAGUGAUAACAAUUGUAACUGUAUUUUAGSUUA